AUGAACAGCGACGCUCCCAACUCUACUCAAGGCGAACACGGGGUUCCGCCAGAUGACUGUUCUGAAGGCUUAGGCGACAACGUAGAGAAAAAUGUGAGCACCAUCGAAGCAGCCUCAGAAAUAGACCCCGUUCUCAUUAGGAAAAUCACUCGUAAAAUCGAUGUUCGGCUAGUCCCUAUUCUCGGUUUGCUUCAUGCCCUCUCCCUCAUCGACAGAGGCAACCUCGGCGGGGCACGGAUUGCCGGAAUUGACGAAGCUACCGGACUUGAUGUCGGAUCACGGGCAUCCACUGUGAUACUCGUGUUUUAUGUCGGGUACGUGGUUAUGGAGAUUCCAAGUAAUAUCAUGAUCAAAAAGCUCGGCGCGGCCAAUUGGAUGGCAUUUCUUGCGUUCUGCUGGGGCGUGACUUGCAUUGGGAUGGGGUUUAGCAAAAAUUGGCAAACAUUAGCAGGGUGCCGAGUUCUCGUGGGCGUGCUUGAAGCCGGCAUUUACCCAGGCGCGGUAUAUCUAUGUGGUUGCUGGUUCCCGAGAUAUCAAGUCCAGCUCAGGAUUGCCAUUUUUGCAAUGAUAGGGAUGUUCCUUUCCGGAUUCGGCAACAUUCUCGCAUACGGUCUCACACAAAUCGCCUCGAAUCCUGAGCGCGACGGCUGGAAAUGGAUUUACAUUGUUGAAGGCUGCAUCACCCUCGCUGUGGCUCUUCUUGUUUUCUUUGCCUUGGUCGAUUUCCCCGAGUCGCAACGAAAUAAGUUCUUGACGCCGGCCGAAAAGGCUGUCGUUCAUGCGGGUCUUACGGCGGACCGAGGACAGUAUUUUGAGGAAAAGGUCACUUGGAAGGUCAUAUUUUCAACCUUUGCCGAUUGGCGUGUUUGGGCAAUCGCUUCAAGCCACUUUUCAUCCUGCACCUCGAAUUACAGCUACACCUUCUUCCUUCCAAUUAUCUUGAGGGACAGCAUGGGGUUCUCCCUGGAGGCCUCGUUCUUGCUGACCGCGCCCCCGGCUUUUAUCUCUGCGAUUAUCGCAAUCUGCACUUCUUUUAUUGCUGAUAGACUCAAAUGCAGGGGUCUAUUUGUAAUCGGAACUUCCCUCUUUGCCAUCGUUGGCCUUGCGAUGGUAGGUUGGGGUGGUAGUCCUGGCCCUCGAUAUACUGGUGUCUUUCUCGGCCAAAUCGGUGGCAAUGCUUUGGCGGCUUCUAGCCUGGCUUGGAUGACAAAUAAUAUGCGUACCGAUGCAAAGCGAGCAGUGGCCACAGGAAUACAGGUAAUGCUAGGGGGUGUGGGAGGGGUGUAUUCCGCCCUCGUCUUUCGCCAACAGGACGCUCCAGAUUACCUCCCAGGGAUCAUUGCGACGAUGGCGUCGAUAGCCCUGCCGUUAAUAAUUACACUGGUUAUGAUCCCUCUGCUCCGCCGGGCCAAUCGACAAGCAGAUAUGGGUCACCGGAUUAUUGAGGGCUCAGCUGAAUUUAGGUAUACAUUGUAG